ACAAAAUAAAAUUUUAAAAACAACCCAAGUCUUGACCACAAGCUUAAGCCACGUCCUCACACUAGAUAAUUGUGGACAUCGUUAUUUCCGUAAAAUUUAUGAAUAUUAAGAUGAUCAUCACUUGUUUAACUUCCACAUUCAGAUUCUAUAUCUAUCUGUCUUUACAUUUGACUGUUUAUCGAUAAAUUUCCAUUUUGCAAAAUUUGGUAUGGGAGUUGUGACUGUUUCUAGUUCUGCUGCGCGUACGCCAUUGGGAUCAAGCACUAGAUUGUCGAAGUACUCAUUUCCUACUAAAAGAACAUCAAUUUCGAUGUUUAAAACAGAUAAAACCAAGAAUAAAGCUUUGGUUGCUCCCAAGGAUGCGGUGUCUUCAGCCAUUGAGAAAUCUAAAGGAAAACGAAAGAUACUAAGACAAAGUAAAAAGCCAUUGGAAAGAGUACAAGCUUUCUCUGUUGCUGAAGCACCGUCAUGUCCCUUGGACUUGGACUAUUACGAAGCUGCGGCUAAGCUGGAAAAUAUAUACAAGCUUAGUCCCGCACCUGAAGUGUAUGAUGGACAAGAUGAAGAUCAUGGGGCGAAGACAAUCCGAAAGAGGAGGAAGAAGAAGAUUGAAGAAAAUGAGAAAAAAGAAGAUAAAAGAAUUAAUAACGUAGUGCGAAGUCAGAAAACUGGUUUAAGAAGAAUGAGUCUUGAGAAAAGGAUUGAAUUGAAGAUAAACAAAGAGGCUGAAGUUCAAUCUGCAAUGAGGAGGAGGAAACUUACAGGGGAAAAUGAGAGUGAAAAGAUCAACAGGCUGGUGAGAGAAUAUUCUGUUUCUACUGACUUGGUGAGCUUGGACUGGAAGAAAAUGAAGAUCCCACCAGUACUUUCGUCUUCAGAGCACACCUGGCUGUUUAAGUUAAUGCAACCUAUGAAGGCUAUCCUUUUGGUGAAAGAUAAUUUGCAAAAUGACUUGGGCAGAGAACCAACUGAUGGUGAGUUAGCAAAGGCAACAGGUAUGAAUGUUGUUCAACUGAGGAAGCAAAUAGCCAUUGGCAAAGCUGCCCGUAGCAAAUUGAUUAAGCACAAUCUUCGCCUUAUAUUGUUUGUAAUGAACAAAUAUUUUCAAGAGUUUACAAAUGGCCCGAAAUUCCAAGAUCUCUGUCAAGCAGGGGUAAAAGGUCUUAUCACUGCCAUUGAUCGCUUUGAACCCAAAAGGAGGCUGCGCCUUUCAACAUAUAGCCUAUUUUGGAUCAGGCAUACAAUCAUACGAUCCAUGACUCUCGCGAGCUUUACAAAAGUUUCUUUUGGUCUUGAGUCGGUGAGAGCAGAGAUACAAAAAGUGAAACUGCAGCUGAUGUUUGAACUACACAGAGAGCCGACGGAGGAAGAAAUUAUCGAGAAAGUUGGAAUUUCCAGGGAAAGAUACAAUGAAGUGAUGAGGGCAUCAAAGCCUGUUUUCUCUCUCCAUGCUAGGCACUCUGUAACACAAGAAGAGUUUAUUAGUGGUAUUACUGAUUUUGAAGGGGCGGGAGGGGAUAAAAGAAGACAGCCAGCUCUUCUCCGGCUAGCUCUUGACGAUGUGCUUGAUUCUCUCAAGCCCAAAGAGAGCUUGGUGAUCAGGCAAAGAUAUGGGCUUGAUGGUAAAGGUGAUCGAACAUUGGGGGAGAUAGGUGGCAAUUUGAACAUAUCUAGAGAAAUGGUCAGAAAGCAUGAAGUUAAGGCAUUCAUGAAACUCAAGCAUCCAACUCGAGUGGAUUAUCUCCGGAGGUAUAUAUUGUGAAAAAAAUAUUAAGAGAUCGCAUCCAUACAUAUUCCACUGCAAUCUGGAUCAACUCAACAAUCAGAAGUUUAAUAUUGUAUACUUGUACCAUAGUCGUAAGAUACAUGAACAUAGAUAUUCAGUAUAUAGCAUGAAAUCCAUAACAAGGCCUUAUAUGUGAUGCCAGUGUAUAUAUAAGUUGCAGUUUUCUUGGUCGCCA